AAUUAUUGGGUAUUUAUUCUAUUUAUUAUUUGAAUAUAAAUAUCUUCGUGCCUUUUUUUCUUUUCUUCAGUUUUGUUUUCUUCUUUCCUUUUAUUUCUUUUCUUUUUGUUGUUUUUUUUUUACUGAAUCAUGGACUCUUAUAAUCGCUUUCCUUUAUCUUCUUUGGCUCCCAAUAUUCCUAGAUCAACUCUCACAAUGAACAAGAAAAAUGGUAGAUUUGAUAAAAUUAAUAAUUACAAUAAUGUGAUAAUAAACGAUGUUCACAACCACAAUGAUGAUGUUAAUGCUAAUGACGUGGACUAUGGUAAUAACACGAAUAAUAAUUUUCAAAAUCAGUCACUAGUGCCUUUCGAUUAUGUUAAAUUUAUUAAAAAAGUAGAUAUAAUUCAAUAUGAAAAUCUUCAAAACUAUAAAAUACUGAAAAGAAAUUAUAGCUAUAAUUAUAAUAAUAAUAACAAUAACAACAACUAUCGUUACAAUAUUUGUAAUAGCAAUUAUUCGCUGAAAUCUCAUAAUCAUAUCUUGAAUGCAACAAAGUUGAAGAAAAAUCUACAAUUAGCUAUUAUAAAGUUAUCUCAAUCCCAAUCACAGUCACAAUCACGAACACAAUUACAGUCACUGUCACAGUCAGAUUCAAAUUCAAAUUCAAAUACACUUUUAAAAUCAAGUUCAAAAUCGAAUAAUAACUUUUUUAGUCAAAUUAACAAAAAUUAUCUUACUAGUAUUAAUAGUAAUCCAAGUACUAUUAGUAAUAACAACACAACUAGCGAUAAUAACAUAACAAGUGACAAUCCUUAUAACGAUAACUUCGAUGAUACCCAGCUAAUAAAAGACACUAGUAGUAGUAAUAAUAAUCAUAGUAACAGCGAUAGUAAUAACAAUAAUAACAAUAAUAACAAUAAUAACAAUAAUAACAAUAAUAUCAACAACAACAAUAAAAAUGACAACAAUAAUAAUAAUUUGCCUUCAAUAAGCUCAGUGAUUUCAAUCUCAAAUUCGGCUUCAAAUUCAAAUAGUCAAAAUUUAAUUGGCGACUCUAUCAAUAUUCAAACACCUCAGUCAUUAAUAACCAAUAAAAUCAAUUUAAUAAGCAAUACUCAGUUUAAGUUGCCAUUGCCAAAACUAAACAACAUUAAAAACAUCUAUGCUAAUAAUGGUAACAACAGCAUCAAUAAUAUCAGUAAUCAACCCAAUUUUGCGACCAAAAACAACAUCAACAAUAUUCUUUCAAAUAAGUUUAUCCCAUCAAGAAAUAACUCAUCAAUUCAAAUAAACUUCAAUACUCCUCCACUAACCUCAACUCCAUUAAAUUUAAAUAAUAGUUCAAUAAAUAUCACUAACAUUACUAACAAAUUGAACAAUAGCAUGAACACUAGCAUGAACACCAGCAUGAACACUAGUAUGAAUACUAGUAUGAAUAGCAAUUCAAGCUUUAAUGAAAUUAAUAGUGCUAGCAAAUAUUACUCCAAGAACUAUUUCCCAAUUGACUCAACUCCGAUUGUAAAUAAAACAAAAUUUUAUAAUAUCAACAACACGAAUAAAAAACAUGAAAACAGCAAUGCCAGAAAUGUCAAAUGUAACAGCAACCUCAUCAAUAUUGUCAAUAUGAGCACCGAUAAACUAUCCUCUAGUCCUAUAAAACCAGAUCAUCAUAAGGUCAAAGGUAGGGACAAAAACAAAGAAGAUGAGCAUCUAACAGCUGCUGAAGACACUGACCAAACAAGCAGCAAAGAUGGAAGAAGUUCAGAUGCAAACCAUAAGGAUCCAACUAAGGAGAAAGAAGACAAUGAUACCUCCUCGUCUUCAAUUGGGGCUGCAAAGUCUCUUUUACAACUAGCCUUUGUCAGCCAGGGCUAGCUGCUGCUGCCAGCAGAGGUGGCUAACGUGGGCUGCC